AUGUAUUCAGCCGCAGAUGUCAUCAAGUCAUCCCUCGACCAAUUCAGGGAGUUGCAACCCCCUGGUCUAUUCGAGAAAUUCUUGCAAACACGACUGGACGACCUGAAGAUCAAAAUCCUGGAGAUUCAAACUUCUCAGGAACGCCGUAAAUCUUUAACCGAUCUCUCAAGGAUCAUUUUGUUCAUUAAAGCUUUCGGUGUAUUUGCUGACACGUUCCGUCUCACACAAGAACAGACGGCUUGUGUUUGGGGUCCCGUAAAAUAUGUCCUACAUGUGGUUAAGGACGACGUCAAAGCACUCGAUGAGAUCCUUCAGUCUUAUAAAGGACUCGGCGCUCGCCUACCGUGGGUAGGAUCGUACAAUGCUCUCGUGAUCGAGAAGCCCGAGGUAUCCAUCUGUCUGGCGUAUAUGUACCAAGAUUUGUUGCAAUUCCAAAAAAGUUUAUUGAAGCUUUUCAGUGGCCAUGACUGGAAAGCAACGUUCCACACAAAUUGGAGAUACUACCAUCAAGACUCUUUCCAGGAUAUACUUAAAGGCUUCGACCAACACCGAAAGGCUCUGGAAGACCUACUACGAGCUCACCAUUACCAGAAGGCCAACGAACAUUAUCGGAUUUCGAGUGAUAUGUCUCGUCGGCUCAACAACCACUUGCAAAACUAUCAAAACGAUCGCCAGGACUUAGAGAUGCACAUACGUAGAUACGAAGAGGACCGAGAAAAGUUAUUGUCCGACGCAAAAAAACAGGAACAGUACAGAGAGGAGCAGAGGUUUGCUGCUUUCAGGAAGUGGGUGUCGGCAACAAGCCUACAGUGCCGCUUCCACACAGAGUUCACUAGCAUGAGAGCUGAGUUUCCAGGAACAACCGACUGGAUCGUGAAAGACGGCGUUGUCGAGAAUUGGAUACACGGAGAACCACCAGAAACGUCAAUCUUGUGCUUAAGUGGGAAAAAGGGCGCCGGCAAGACAAUACUAGCAUCGCGGCUCAUUGACCAUUGUAAGGAGCACCGUCCAGAUUUUAAAACCAGUUACUUCUAUUGCCGUGAGGAUGACCCGAAUCAAAACAACUGUUUAGCGAUCUACAAGUCGCUUCUGAUUCAGAUGUUGGAGCAUUAUCCAGACCUACUUCCGUCAUGUUAUGAGAAGACGCUAAAGGGGAGCGAAAUGCUCAAUGACGAGACUGUAGCGCGAGCACUCAUCGGGCUAUUUUGCAACGCAGAUAUCAGCCACUUCAUCAUAAUCGACGGUGUAGAUGAAAUUGAGACACCGCAACGCAAGCCCCUUUUGCAGUUCUUUGUCGGGCUUGUGGACAAAUGUGAUGCGUACAAGCCUGGCAAGGUUCGUGUGAUAUUUUUUGGCCAUGAUCUCGCAGCUUAUCAACAGCUGAAGCGUAUGGAAUCGGCUAUUGUGAUAGAACUGGAGAGAAACGCCGUCCAGAAAGAUAUACAAUUGUUUCUGGCUGAGAAGUCGAAAAGACUGAAAGAAAAGUUUGGUCUGACAGAAGAGGAGCUUCACUCUGCCCAAGCGCGAACAAUUGCUAAGUCGGAUGGUAUGUUCUUAUUCGCAACACUUACAAUGGAAAACCUCCUCAAGCAACCCACGGUUGAGUGUGUAAAACAACAACUACAAGAAGACUACUUCCCACAGAAUCUUCGUGAUGCGUAUCAUAAAAUCAUUGAACGGCUACGCCGCGAUUUAGGAGAGAACCAGUGGCUCAUGGCAGUCAAGAUUUUUGGCUGGUUAGCCUGUGCAAAACGGCCACUAAACUGGCACGAAAUACAGGCCGUGUUAUGUAUGGUGAUAAAUGAAUCUGAAGCAUCGUUUGCAAUGGAUUAUCACAAUAAGAAGCUUAGAGACGAUAUUCGGGAGAUAUGCGGCUCGCUUGUGCAAAAGCUAGGCAACCGCAUCAUGUUUUGUCACUCGACUGCAAAGUUGCACGUUAUUGGUACUCAGGGUCUCAAUAUGACGUUGAUUGAGUGUGAUUUAACAACAACCUGCCUACGUUAUCUGUCUUCCCAGUGUUUCCAGAGGGGCCUGGAUGAGGACCGACUGGAAAAUUUUACCCAUCAAGGCUACUAUGCGUUUCAGGAUUAUGCUUUAGCAAAAUGGGGACAUCACCUCGAGGCCGUCAUCAGAGCUGGGCCACAUGAACUCAGCCACAAUGUGGACUAUCUUUCACAAGCUAUCUUCCAGUUUGCUUCAGUAUAUCGUGAUGAGCUCUCUAUUCCCGUUAAUACCGAAGAACGAACUCAACGGGCCAGGGAAGAUUGUAGAGAAUUCAUCGGAUGCUUUUUUUACGAGCAUCUGGUCACUAUUUGGGCUCACUUUUCUCAUCAGCAGUUGGCUCACUUCAAAGAACGAAACAAGUUGAGCCUCCCUUCACUUAAGACCUCGUUAAAACAGACUCGAGGGAUACUGGAAACCAUCGGCACUCAAGAUGAGAUACAGGAGCUUUACGGCGAUUUCUUAUUCAAAUGUGAUCGGCUCAUUUGCGAUUAUUUCUAUGAGGGCUUCGAGACUAAAGAGGGGAGAGAUAAUCAUUUGCGGAGACAUGAUCGCCCCUAUCACUGCCCAAAACCGGGAUGCUCGGUGGUCGCCUUUGGAUUUUCGACGAAUAAGGAUCGUGACAAACAUAUCAGGCAGUACCACCCUGAAGAAACUACUGGGUCGACAUUUAUUCAGCUGCCAAGGGAACUUGUCGAGGACGCAAGAUUUCCCUGCCCGGAUUGUGGACAGACAUUCACUCGUAAAGCGAAUCGGGACGCUCACGUGAGGAGUCACUACGGCGAGCGGCCAUUUGUAUGUGAUGUAUGCCCUAACAAAGCGUUUACCCGAUCCAAUGAUUUACGCAGACACGUCAGAGACAUACAUUCUAGGAAGAGAGGUUGAAGUGAAAUGAGUAAUGAGAUAUAUGUCGGAUUGGCGUACUCGGCGUUGGGUUUAGACUUGCUGGGUAUCGCGGAUGGACUUGGUUAUUUGCCUUACCGUUGAAUAACCACGGCAGGCGGAAAAUGAGGAAAUGAUGCGUUAAGUCCUUCCACCAACGACGGAAGAUAUCUGGUCUGCAAGGCCCGUUUAAGCUUUAUUAGAAGUUGGAACAGGUGG